CUCCUCCGGCCUCCCUCCUCCGCCUCCGGCCUCCCACCGCCGGCUCCUCCUUUUCCCCCCCUCUCCGCCGCCCUAUCCGCCUCCACUGGCCAAAUUAUGCAAGAAUCAUUAAAAAGAAAGUUUCAUGUCUCAUCUUCUUCGAGUAAUAAUCGUAUGAGAAUUGAUUUGGAAGACCUUCCAUGGGAUCCCGCCGAACGAAAACCAAUAUUGUCUUAUGAUGUUAACCAAAGAGAUGAAAUUAGACGGGCAUAUUUGAAUAAAGGUCCAUGUCAACCAAGGUCAUGUUUUUCCAAAACGAGAUAUUGGUGGUAGAAUGAGACAAUUUAAUCCCGAUUGGUUUAAGGAAUUUGGAUGUUGGUUAGAAUAUAGUGUAAAAUUGGAUGCCGUAUUUUGCUUGGUUUGCUACUUGUUCAAAGAAAGUGGUCAAAAAGAUGCAUUUGUGACCGACGGAUACAAUGGUUGGAAUAAAAAAGAUAGAUUGGGUAUUCAUGUAGGUGGUAAGCCGAAUAGUUUUCACAACAAAGCACUUCAAAAAUGUGACGAUUUGCGUAAACCAAAACAAUCUAUUAGUAGUGCCUUUCAACCUAGCCAAAAACACAAAAUCGAGUAUAGAAUCCGAUUAAGCACAUCAGUUAUUCUUGCUAAAGCUUUAUUGAACGGUGCAUUACCAUUUCGCGGUCAUGAUGAGUCUGAGAGUUCAAGUUAUAAAGGACAUUUCUUGGAAUUUUUAAAACUAUUGGGAGAGUUGAAUGAGUCCAUUGGUAAGGUUAUAUUAGGAAAUGCUCCGGGGAAUAACCAAAUGACGUCUCCAAAAAUUCAGAAAGAUAUUUGUAAUUGCUUUGCACAAGAAGUGUUAAAACAGAUUUUUGAAGAACUAGCUGAUGAUGUGUUUUCUAUAUUAGUUGAUGAGUCUCGUGAUAUAUCUAAAAAAGAACAAAUGGCCGUCGUUUUGAGAUAUGUUGACAAGCAUGGGGUUAUUAAAGAGCGAUUUAUCGGCCUUGUUCAUGUCAUGGAAACAUCAGCACUAUCUCUGAAAUCAGGCAUUGAUGAUUUAUUUUCUCGAUAUAAUUUAAGUUUGGCAAGGGUUAGAGGUCAAGGAUACGAUGGUGCUAGCAAUAUGGCCGGUGAGUUUAAUGGUUUGAAAGCCUUAAUUUUGAAAGAUAACUCUUCGGCAUAUUAUAUACAUUGUUUUGCCCACCAACUCCAACUGGUUGUUGUGGCCCUUGCAAACAAACAUGAUGACAUUUGGACAUUUUUUGAUAAGGUGUCGACUUUGACAAAUGUGGUUUGUGCAUCUUGCAAACGAGUAGAUAUGAUUCGAGAAAAGCAAAAGGAGAAAGUACAAGAAGCAAUAGGUCGAGAAGAAGUUGAAACCGGGAGUGGUUUAAAUCAAGAACUAUCUAUUGCAAGAGCCGGAGAUACACGUUGGAGCUCUCAUCAUAAGACACUUGUGCGUUUGGUUCAGUUAUAUCCAACAAUUAUUGAAGUGCUUCAAUAUAUUCGGAAUUCCGGUUUCAAUAAUGUUCACCAAAGACAAGCAAAUGGUAUUUGGACAUACAUGAAGGCAUAUGAUUUUGCAUAUUAUUUACAUUUGAUGAAGCACAUUUUGGGGAUUACUAAUUUGUUGUCUCAAGCUCUUCAAAGAAAGGACCAAGAUAUAGUGAAUGCAAUUCAAAUGGUUAAUGCAACGAAGCAACAACUUCAAACAUAUAGACUUGAAGGAUUUGAUUCACUUUUGAAAGAUGUGGCAUCUUUUUGUGAAAAAAAUGAGAUUGAAAUUGUUGACAUGGAAGAUGAAUACGUUAAUCCAAAACAGAAAAGAAAAAAGACUAACAUCACCAAUCGCCAUUAUUAUGAGGUUGAAAAUUUCAACACGGUGUUAGAUUUGCAAUUACAAGAGCUUGACAACCGUUUUAGUGAGGUAACCACCGAAUUACUUACAUGUAUUGGUAGUUUGAGUCCGGAUGAUAACUUUAGUGCAUUUAAUGUUCAAAAGAUUUUAAGGUUGGCCGAGUUUUAUCCGUUUGAUUUUAGUUAUGAAGAAAGAGAAUCUCUUAUGAUUGAGUUAGGCAACUACAUUAUUAUUAUGAGAAAAGAUGGAAUGUUUGCUAACGUGAAUGGGAUAUCUAAUCUUGCAAAGAGGAUGGUGGAAACAAAGAAACAUUUGAGGUAUACGUUGGUCUAUCGUUUAUUGAAGUUGGCAUUAAUUCUACCGGUUGCAACGGCAAGUGUUGAGAGGUGUUUUUCGUCAAUGAAACAUGUGAAGACGGAUUUGCGUAAUCGAAUGGGUGAUGAUUAUAUGAACGACUGUUGCAUUUUUUACAUCGAAAGAGACCUUCUUGCCAAUGUUUCGGCCGACGAUGUAAUGGAUCGUUUUCAAAAGAUGAAAACUCGUCGGGAACAACUCUAA